CGGUUUGUUAAAAUGAUCCUGCUUGGCAUUCUGCUUUUAGUAUUUCUAGCGAUUGAUCCGGGGGAAUCUCAAACUUUUGAAAACUACGAGGUGGCUCAUAUUGGAUUGAUUGGGUGGACUAAUCCCAACAAUGGUGCCAUCGUGUUUGACUGCACUGGAUCGUACAUCGGAAACAACGUGAUUAUGACUGGCGCCCGUUGCUUGGAACGAAAUGGUUCUCAGGCGGAUAUUGUUCGACUUGGAUCUGCCAUGGGCGUUCCACGAGAUUUCCAAAUCAAAAACAUAUUGGUCCAUUAUAGAUAUCAAGCGGAAUAUUACUAUCAUAAUAUGGCAAUAAUUUUUCUUAAGGAAAACCCGCAAUCUGUAUCGAGUCAAUUUAAACCGGCAUGCAUCUUGUCAGUAGAACCAUCAAUGGAUACCAGUGUGUAUGUAAUUGGCAGAGACUCGUACGGAGAAUACCAGAAAACCGCAGUGGAAUUAGUUGCAUCCGACAAGUGUCAUGAAUACUAUACUCCAACUAAAAAAUUCAAAUAUGGAGCUUUGUUAGUUUGCUGCAUGUGUGCUCGUAACGCUGCGGAAAAUAAGUGCGCGAGUGAAUUGUCAUCACCCAUGCAAACUAUACUAGAGAAAAACGGAAAGCACGUGCCUUUCCUGGUAGGUCAGAAAACCAUAGGAAAAUCGUGCGGUUCAAAAAUACCUGGCAUUUACACACGUUUAAGCUCUGACGGACAUUUCCCAUGGAUAGCUACAGUUAGUGAAAUUAACUUUAAAGAUCAUAAUGCCUGCAUCGAUCGGUACUGA